GAUCUGCUCUCUCUCCUCUCUCUUACAUCUACACCUAUAGCCUAUGUUGUUUUUCUUCUUGAUGAAGAUCACAAGAGCCCAUCAACAUCCUCUCAUUUUCCAUCAACCCCAUGCAUGAAACCAAUGAAUUCACAUCAGUAUCUUUGCCUCUGCAAACGGAAACUGAACAACUAAGAUUUCCCUCUGUCAAUUACUUCGCUACCUGUGUAUUUCUUCUUGACCUAGGGUUUAAUCACCUCUCUCUCACAUGAUGUCACCUCAGGACAACAAUAUCAUAGCAGCCAAACCCGCUGGAAAAGGUGAAUCCCAGAGCUCCACCGGCCGGAAAACCUCGUCGGCGAGGCCCCAAGAACCGGCCCUCAAGUGCCCACGAUGUGAUUCGCCCAACACCAAGUUCUGCUACUACAACAACUACAGCCUCACGCAGCCACGGCACUUCUGCAAGACCUGCCGACGGUACUGGACCAAAGGAGGCGCCCUCCGCAACGUGCCGAUAGGUGGCGGCUGCCGGAAAAGCAAAAAAAUAAAGCCUUCUCCGGCGGCCGGGAACUCAUCAAAUGAUCACUCAGCCGAUGUUGGGGGGCUGAAGUUCUUUCAGGGCCUCUCGCCGGCCAUGGAUUUUCAGCUUGGUGGGCUUCAAUCACCAAGCAGUGGCGUUCUGAAUCAGUUCGCGUUGGCUUUCGGGCCGGGCUUAUCAAGAACUUCAGGUGGAAUUUCUUCAAGCCCUAAUUCAGGAAUCUCCUCUCCUCUAAUGGGCUUCAGCUCUUCUUUUCCCCUAUCGUCUGCACUCAAACAAGGAGAUCACAGCACUCAAUUAUCAGGGUUUCAUCAAGAACUGGGAGCCAUGAAUUUUCACAGCAGCAGCAACAAUCUUGCAAUAUCUUCAAUCGAGUGCUUGAGCUCUAUCAACCAAGAGCUUCACUGGAAACUACAGCAACAAAGGCUAGCAAUGCUGUUUGUCAAUGGAGAUAAUCACCACAAACUAAGCAGCACCAUGAUCCCAGCUGCAACAAUUGAGCCUCUAAUUAUUCAGAGACAGCAGCCAAUUACGUUUCAGAACCUGGAAAAUUCAAUCCCAGAAUCUUGUCUAAUUGGGACAUCAUCAAGAAAAGAUGGCACUGAGUGGUUCUUCGACAAUUCUUAUGCAAAUGUGGCUCCGACCCCGGCAACCAGCAGCAGCAACAAUGUGAACGAGAACGCCAGCAACUGGAGUGGGAUUCAGGGUUGGAGUGAAUUGACUCAGUUUGAUGAGAAGAUAGUGUAGAAAAUAAUUAUGUGAUCAGUCUCUUGAUUCCCCUUAUGUCGUCCGGAUGAGAUCAAGAUGGAGAAAGAAUUAAGAGUUCAAAAGCAAGAGAAGUUGCUUUUGUAGUUUUUAUAUGACUAGGAUUAAUUAAAGCUGAUUAAUACUGUACAAUUAAUCAAGAAAAGUGUGUUAAUUUGUAUUUAUUCAUGAUUGUGUCUUUACAUUUGAUUGCCAGCUUUAGUACUUUUUUCCUAUGUCUACAUUUUUCUUUGUUCUUUCUUCAUUGUAAUGUUUACAAUUCUCAUAUGAAAUUCUCGAGCGGAUUAAUGCAACACA